AGCGUCGUGUGUAUAUAGCUUGACCAGCUGAGCGGGCGUGCACGUGGAGGUCACAGUCUACAUACACUUCGUUGUACAGUGACGCUUGGACGACACACUUUAUUCACGGACAUAUAAGUGUGCUUCAUUACACCGACCUACCUGUAGCACCAGCAUGACGGUGAUCACCUACAUGUGUUUAUCUGUAUUGUUAAGUGUGUCCUUACCCGGAAUAUUAUCACAGAAUCUAUGCAGUCAGUGUGACUGUACAAUCAGUGACCCCGAUGGCGGUGACAGAGCUAUCCUGAACGUCAAGCCUCGAUGUGAGGAGGGUCGUGUCACGUGGCUUAAUGCUUACGGCGCUGUUCGCAUGGAGCUUGCAACAUCCACUGCAGGAGAUGCUAGACUCUGUAUCCGUGUACAAAGUGACAAUGUCAACACGGUUGUAUCCCAGGAAACGGUAACCGAAGUUCCUGGAAAUUACAGACUGAAAAUUCUCGAUGACGUUCAUGUUCGGUUAUCCCCCUUGUUUACAACGCGAGGUCAAGGCAAGGAGCAUUGUAUAUCUGCUUCCGGACCAGUACACCUAUACUUAGAGACGGAACGAAGCGACGAAGAUGUUGGUGUUGCGAGAGUCAACGUUCACUACGACAUUGAGAAAAUAUCCAACAGUCUUCGGUACAGCCCAAUGGAAGAGUGUCGACCCUGCAGCGAUGCCGAGCUACUCAAAGCUUACUGUUCCAGCGAUUUUGUUGCCAUAGGAACCAUUGAUGACAUAAACCACGACAAUGACGUCAGUCACAUCCAGGUUUCUGUUACCAAGAUGAUAUCCCAGAUAGAGUCUGUCUUCCAGAAACCAGCAGCUGGAUGGACCCGUCCCCACGAACUGAAAGGCGUGGUACACGCCCCCGUCCGGUGUGGCAUCAGGCACGGGGUGGGGCAGUUCUUGUUCACAGGCCGCGUCCGUCUGGGUCGACCAGUGUUGCAGUGUGCCCCCCGUUAUGAACAAUGGAAGAGUGUUCUCGAGAUCGCGCGGAAUAACGAAUUACUGGAAUGUUCAUAUGGUUGAGGUGCUAUGCACGGUAUAACUCAAUCCUUCUCAAAAGGCUCUCCAGAUUGCCUGCUUGAUCUGCGAUCACACGUCACCCUGCGAUGACCACGUUAGUCCCUGUGCUAGCGACACUGCCGUCACCCUCUCCGCGGACAUGUCACCCAGGUUGACCAGCCAAGUCAUGUCUGGUGGUUAGAUCGGAUCCAGCUCAGGAACAAGAUCAGUUAGUUUGGUCACGAUGAAGACGAAGCUAUAGAACACAGACUGAACAUCCAGAAUGACAGCCGGAUCCUGCGACCAUGCCGAAUGUCCAGAUGUCCUGACAUGACAAGCCGUCACAAGCCGUCACAAGCCGUGACACUAUGCAGUCACUGGGCACUGGGCUUCAGUACUCAAGUAUGUUGAGUACACGUCCAACAUCAGAUGCAGCUUUAAUACAGCACCAUCUGAGAUACGUUGAUUCCACAAUACUAUAGACUAAUCUAUAGUGAUAUUGUACAUUUAUAUUAUUAAAAUUAUAUGUACACGAAAUUUGUCAUAUUUCGGUAAUAAAAUGAUGCC